AUGUCGGCGCAUUCCAGCCAGCUGCCCACCACUGCAACGGAUGGGCAGGAUGUGGCUUUCUCCGGGAACUCCAACUCGGAGAGCGCAGUUCGCCAUGAGCUGCAGCAGGGAAUUGUGACUCGCUUCCUGAGGCUCAUCCCGCUGGACUGGAGCGAGGAGGGACGGAUCGGUCUGCGCAUAGAAGUCUAUGGCUGCUCCUACUGGGCGGAUGUCAUCAACUUUGAUGGGCAGGGAGUAAUCUCAUAUCGCUUUAAGGUGAAGAAGAUGAAGAUCAUUAAGGAUGUGAUCGCGCUGAGGUUUAAGACAUCAGAAAGUGAGGGUGUGAUUCUCCAUGGGGAGGGCCAGCAGGGAGACUACAUCACCCUGGAGCUUCGCAGGGCCAAGCUGCUGCUGCAAAUAAACCUGGGCAGUAACCAGUACGGCUCUAUCCUGGGUCACACUUCUGUGACCACCGGCAGUCUCUUGGAUGACAAUCACUGGCACUCAGUUGUGAUUGAACGCUACCGCCGCAAUGUCAACUUUACCUUGGACAGACACACUCAGCACUUCAGGACGAAUGGAGAGUUCGACCACCUCGAUUUGGACUACGAGUUGAGUUUUGGGGGGAUGCCGUACAGUGGGAAGCCAGUGGGAGGAGGAAGGAAAAACUUUAAAGGCUGCAUGGAGAGCAUCAACUACAAUGGAGACAACAUUACAGACCUGGCCCGCCGAAAGAAGCUGGACACCUCCAGUUUUCGCAACCUGUCUUUCGCUUGUGUCGAGACCCACACCUUCCCGGUCUUUUUCAAUGCUACCAGCUUCCUGCAGCUGCCAGGCCGAGCCAAUCACAACACGGUGUCUGUGGGCUUCCAGUUUCGCACCUGGAACCCCGACGGACUCCUUCUCUUCAGCAAUCUCGAUGAUGGCACGCUGGAGAUCUCUCUCGAGGAAGGCAAAAUUACAGUUCAUAUCAACGUGACGAAGGCGGCCAAAAACUACCGGGUGGACUUAUCAUCAGGUUCGGGCCUCAAUGACGGCCAGUGGCACGCCAUACGUUUGGUCGCCAAGGAGAACUUCGCCAUGCUGACGAUAGACGGCGAGGAGGUGUCCGCCGUGCGCUCCACCUCACCUCUCGCCGUCACCACGGGAGGGACCUAUCACCUGGGAGGGUAUUUUCUGCAGACGAUGUUUCCACCUUCCCAGCGUUCGUUUCAGGGCUGCAUGCAAGCAAUCCUGGUGGAUGACCAACCUGCCGAUUUGCACGCAGUAGAGAAAGGCAUUGUGGGAGCUUUUGAGAACGUCAGCCUGGACAUGUGCGCAAUUAUAGACAGGUGUAUGCCUAAUCACUGUGAACAUGGCGGUCGGUGUAAACAAACGUGGGACAGCUUCAGCUGUACUUGUGAUGGAACAGGAUACACUGGAGCCACCUGCCACACUUCUAUCUAUGAGCCUUCAUGUGAGGCCUAUAAGCAUUUGGGCAGGUCCUCCGACGCUUACUGGAUUGACCCCGAUGGCAGCGGACCCCUCGGCCCCUUCAAAGUCAACUGCAACAUGACAGAAGACAAAGUAUGGACGACGGUUAUGAACAACCUGCCGCCCAAAACUAUCGUCACAGGCUCGAGUAGAGAGAGACGCACCGUCCUGCAGGUCAACUACAGUGCCUCUAUGGACCAGGUGACAGCCAUCACCACCAGUGCAGAAAACUGUGAGCAGAAAAUCGCCUACAGCUGUCGCAUGUCCAGACUGCUCAACACUCCAGAUGGAACCCCCUACACAUGGUGGGUGGGCCGGGGCAGCGAGAAGCACUUCUACUGGGGCGGCUCAGGGCCCGGCAUCCAGAAAUGCGCCUGUGGUAUCGACAGGAACUGCACUGACCCCAAGUACGACUGCAACUGCGAUGCCGAUGCCAAACAGUGGAGAGAAGAUUCUGGUCUCUUGAUAUAUAAGGAACACCUGCCAGUCAGCCAGGUUGCCGUGGGUGACACCAACAGACCGGGCUCCGAGGCAAAACUAACUGUCGGACCACUCCGUUGCCAAGGAGAUA